AGCCCUCGGUCCGGCACCAGUAGUUCCCACAGGCAGCGAAGUGACCAUCACUACUGAGGUCCACGUUUCACGCACCCGACCGCAAGACACCGCGUAGUUACCGCAGGAAAUCCGGGGUGCAUCCGCCACAGUUUUAUUUCAGGAGCAAGGCCAGUCUAGCCUGAGCGUAAGCAGUCAUGUCAGCCAAAGCCAUUUCUGAACAGACGGGAAAGGAGUUCCUCUACAAGUACAUCUGCACGUCAGCCGCCGUCCAGAACAGGUUCCGCUACGCCAACGUGACCGCCGAGACCGACUUUGACCGACUGACAGAGGAGCACCCAUGGCUGCUCACACAGAGGCUGGUGGUGAAGCCGGACCAGCUGAUUAAGAGGCGAGGGAAGCUGGGCCUGGUGGGCGUGAACCUGGACCUGAAGGGCGUCAGAGAGUGGCUGAAGCCCCGCCUCAUGAGAGAGACAACAGUGGGAAAAGCGAAAGGAAUGCUUAAGAACUUCCUCAUUGAACCGUUCGUCCCGCAUAAGCAGGAGGAGGAGUUCUACGUGUGUAUCUACGCCGCACGGGAGGGCGACUACGUGCUGUUUCACCACGAGGGAGGGGUGGAUGUCGGAGACGUGGACGCCAAGGCGAGGAAGCUGCUCGUCGGGGUGGAUGGAAAGAUUACAGAGGAGUCUGUCAAGAAAGAGCUCCUGACCCACGCCCCCAAUGACAAGAAAGCGAUCCUGGCCAACUUCAUUGUGGGACUCUUCAACCUGUAUGAGGACCUGUUCUUCACAUACUUGGAAAUAAACCCGCUUGUGGUUACAAAAGAUGGCGUGUAUGUGCUCGACAUGGCAGCCAAGAUCGAUGCCACGGCUGAUUACAUCUGUAAGGCCAAGUGGGGGGACGUGGAGUUCCCUCCACCCUUCGGCAGGGAGGCCUAUCCUGAGGAGGCUUACAUCGCCGACCUCGAUGCCAAGAGUGGUGCUAGCCUCAAACUAACCCUGCUCAACCCCCGGGGCAGGAUCUGGACCAUGGUGGCAGGAGGAGGCGCGUCCGUGGUGUACAGUGACACAAUCUGUGACCUGGGUGGGGUCAAUGAGCUGGCCAACUACGGGGAGUAUUCAGGAGCACCGAGUGAACAGCAGACGUAUGACUACGCCAAGACCAUCCUGUCACUGAUGACGCGAGAGAAGCACCCGGAAGGAAAGGUUUUGAUCAUCGGAGGCAGCAUUGCAAACUUCACAAAUGUCGCAGCUACAUUCAAGGGCAUCGUUAGAGCUAUCAGAGACUACCAGGUGCCUCUAAAAGAGCAUGAGGUCACCAUUUUUGUCCGCCGUGGAGGCCCCAACUACCAGGAGGGUCUCAGGGUGAUGGGAGAAGUCGGCAAGACCACCGGGAUCCCUAUUCAUGUCUUUGGCACGGAAACCCACAUGACUGCCAUUGUUGGCAUGGCACUGGGCCACCGUCCAAUCCCGAACCAGCCCCCUGUUGCUGCCCACACUGCCAACUUCCUCCUCAACUCCAGUGGCAGCACAUCGACUCCAGUUUCCAGCAGGACGGCCUCUUUCUCUGAAAACAGAGCGAGGGUUGACGGCUCACCAGCCAAGAAGGUUAAGACAGGAGCCCCUCAAGCCAAGGCAACCACCCUCUUCAGCAAGCACACCAAGUCCAUAGUGUGGGGCAUGCAGACACGGGCAGUGCAGGGCAUGCUGGACUUUGACUAUGUCUGCUCCAGAGAUGAGCCAUCUGUCGCAGCCAUGGUGUACCCCUUCACUGGAGACCACAAACAGAAAUUCUACUGGGGCCAUAAAGAGAUCCUCAUCCCUGUGUACAAGAACAUGGGUGAUGCCAUGAAAAAGCACCCAGAGGUGGACGUGCUCAUCAGCUUUGCCUCCUUGCGUUCUGCUUUCGACAGCACCAUGGAGACCAUGCAGUACCCACAGAUUCACACCAUUGCUAUUAUUGCUGAGGGAAUCCCGGAAGCUCACACCAGAAAGAUCAUCAAGGUCGCAGACGAGAAGGGUGUCACAAUAAUUGGACCAGCAACCGUUGGAGGUAUCAAGCCAGGCUGUUUUAAAAUUGGGAACACGGGAGGCAUGCUGGAUAACAUUCUUGCCUCCAAGCUCUACCGCCCGGGCAGCGUGGCCUACGUGUCCCGCUCCGGCGGCAUGUCCAAUGAACUCAACAACAUAAUCUCCCGCACUACGGAUGGGGUCUUUGAGGGUGUGGCCAUUGGUGGAGACAGAUACCCAGGCUCAGUAUUUACUGACCAUGUGCUGCGCUACCAAGACACUCCUGGAGUGAAGAUGAUUGUUGUAUUGGGAGAGAUUGGAGGCACAGAGGAGUACAAGAUCUGCCAGGCUAUUAAACAAGGCAGGAUCACAAAGCCAGUGGUAUGCUGGUGCAUUGGCACCUGUGCCACUAUGUUCUCUUCAGAGGUCCAGUUCGGCCAUGCUGGAGCCUGUGCCAACCAGGCCUCAGAGACAGCUGUGGCUAAGAACAAGGCUCUGAAGGAGGCCGGCGCCUUUGUGCCCAGGAGCUUUGAUGAGCUGGGAGACAUAAUCAAAUCAGUGUAUGAUGACCUUGUUGCCAAAGGAGUUAUCGAGCCAGCAGAGGAAGUCCCGCCUCCCACCGUGCCAAUGGAUUACUCCUGGGCACGAGAGCUGGGUCUGAUUCGCAAGCCAGCCUCCUUCAUGACCAGCAUCUGUGACGAGAGGGGUCAGGAGCUCAUCUACGCAGGCAUGCCCAUCACCGAGAUCUUCAAGUCAGAGAUAGGCCUGGGAGGAACGCUGGGGCUGCUCUGGUUCCAGAGGAGGUUGCCCAAGUAUGCCUGCCAGUUCAUUGAGAUGUGCCUGAUGGUGACUGCCGAUCACGGCCCUGCUGUUUCCGGCGCCCACAACACAAUCGUCUGUGCCCGAGCUGGCAAAGAUCUCAUCUCCAGCCUCACCUCUGGCCUUCUCACCAUCGGUGACCGCUUUGGAGGAGCUCUCGAUGCUGCAGCCAAGCAGUUCAGCAAGGCAUUUGACAGCGGCAUGCUGCCCAUGGAGUUUGUCAACAAGAUGAAGAAGGAGGGCAAGUUGAUCAUGGGCAUCGGACACAGAGUCAAGUCGAUUAACAAUCCUGACAUGAGAGUCCAGAUCUUGAAGGACUUUGUGAAGCAACACUUCCCAUCCACCCAGCUGCUGGACUACGCCCUGGAUGUAGAGAAGAUCACCACCUCCAAAAAACCAAACUUGAUCCUGAAUGUGGACGGCUUCAUCGGUGUGGCCUUUGUCGACUUGCUCAGGACUUGCGAUGGAUUUACACGGGAUGAAGCUGAUGAGUUUGUGGAGAUUGGUGCUCUGAAUGGCAUCUUUGUCCUGGGACGCAGCAUGGGAUUCAUCGGACACUACCUGGACCAGAAGAGGCUGAAGCAGGGUCUGUACCGUCACCCCUGGGAUGACAUCUCGUAUGUGCUCCCAGAGCACAUGUCCAUGUAAUCGCAGCGACCAAAUUAGACAGUGGUAACCCUCUGUCCCCUGUGCCCCUCCCCCCCUGCAAGCCACCCACACCAUCCUGUCAUCCUAAUGCGGUGGCAAGAUACAACAUAGGGAAGCCGUUACUAGUAGCAAACAUUGGAAAAAAAGACUUAAGAGAGAAUGGUUUUAGUCCUAGAAAAUGGCUAGUGAUGCAGCUCUGUGAAUAAUAGCAAAACCUGCUAAACUGUGAAGCCCCACUUGGAUAAAUCCAUCCGCUAGGGAGAUUGGAGGAUAAAUCCAGCAUAAAGUAGGGGGAGAUGAAGCGGAUUAUUCAACUGUUGACACUUUUCCUUGUAGUGUUGAGGAAAUCACAGGAAAUCCUCUCGCCAAGAUUAACAGUGAGGAUCUAGUGUCCGCUUACAUUGUUUACCACUGCUGCUCUCAUGGCUACAAUAGUGAAGCACUGUGAUUUGCCCCCAAGCAUCACACCGUCAUCAUAUAAGCCUAGCAUGUGUCUGUAUCACAGACUGUUGUGUCUCAGUGCAGUUCUCUUCAUUGUGCCAUAUGAGAAUUAUGAGGUUUCUGUAAAGGGUGAGCCCGUAGUGCAAUAAUGUGUAGCUAUCAUACGAUAACAUACUGUAGAUCAGAACUUUAUUUAUGUAUAGUGUUAACAGUGAAAAUUAAAUGGUACCAGAAUGUAAUAGAUCUGCUGUUCUGUAAUGUUUUUGACACACUGGUCAAGAUGAAGCAGGAGAAACGGGACCAUUUCAUGAGUCACUCCCGGUGUGUGGUGCCAUUUGCUGUUCCUAGGAAAUAUUGUAACUUGCCGAUGGAAAAUGUGGCGGGAUGGUUUCAGAAAGAAUGUAAAUUUGAAGUUAUGUUGUUUAUCAUUAGAAUAAAAACAUAGAGAGCUUUGGGUUUGUUUUUAGCACUUUGUUUUAAGUUAAUCCAGGUAAUUCUGUGAUAUCCCAGGUACUAGUUUAUCAUCUUCUAUGAGAGGAAUUUUUUUAUAUAUAUUGUCUAGUCCUUUUUCAUAUCAUUAUCAUAAAGGCAGUGGUCACAUUAAACCUAUUUAAUUGCUGGUUGUAUUUUUGUAUGCCCUCUUGGUAGUACUUCCCAUUGAAGGCAACUGUGGUUUUAGGAAAAAUAAAUUCCAAAUGGAAAGAAUAAAGUGUAAUAUAAUGAUUACUGGUACAUUUUUCAUAUUUUGUGCGCUAUUUCAGAUCAUUCCAGCCUGUUAUUACUUUACUCUUUGUUAGUUUGAGAUUUUAAAGAUGUCACAUUAACAGCUCUGUGUAUAAUUUUGUUUUUACUAUGUUAAUAGAAGAUGGGGUCUGUUACUACUUAACACACACUCACACAUUUCCUGCAAGUUAACGGGCCCAAAUGGCACUGCACACACAGGCGUCGCUCAUGUCUUCAUUCAUCUGAAUGUUUGUCAAACUGUCGAGGUCUGUGGGCAGCCACAGCUUUUUAUCUUCACCAGUGUGUUGUCUCAUCUUUUUUUGUUUAACUUUGUCUUCUGUGAACUGAAUGUGCCUCUGUACUGAAUGUUUAGAACUGUGUAAAUGAGUCAAAUAAAAUGUAACGUAAUGGAAUACCUCAGUGUAA